GGACAUCUCAUACGGAACUGAAAAUUUCCCUUUUUAUAUUUUUUGUAUGACCGACGAGCGAAGAGGCGUUCUCCUAUUCUACUUCACUUUUCUGCGCGAAACAYAGAUUGCCCAGCGUUCCGGCCAGUUAAUGAUUCGUUUUAAUCCAAUUGCUMCUCAAUUUUUUCCAUCGAUUUCUAAACAAGCCUAGCGAAAUCGAAUCGAAUCGAUUCGGUCCGGCGUCCAUUUUCGCAGACGAAGCCCUGAGAUCUAAGUGACCCUCAAUGGACAAAGGAAUGCCCCCUACCCUUUUUGUCAAUGAUGGUUCAUUUAUGGAAAGGUUUAAACAACUCCAACAACAAAAUGGUGACAAGGAUAAGGAAAAGGAUAAAGGUGCUACUUCUGAGGAGCCAAAACCAAUCAAGCUUGUAGCAGGAACUUCCAUUCCCCACAGUACUAGUAGUAAAACUAAUAUGCAGUUUAAGGGUGGUGAGAUUCGAAAAAAUCCUCCAUCUGGAAAACUUGCUUUCAGCUUGAAGCAGAAGUCAAAGCUUGUGACACCUGUAAAGUUAGGAGGAGAUGAGGAUGAAGAUGAAUCCGAUGCGGUAGAUGCAUCUGAUAAUGUACCAGAUAAGCGUCAAAAGUUAGGCUCACAGGAUGGUGCUGAGCAACCAGCAGGUCAAUCCGGUGUUGCACCACCUUCCCCAAGUGAUCCUACAGUGAAGAAAGUUGCCGACAAGCUAGCAAGUUUUGUGGCUAAACAUGGAAGGCAAUUUGAGCAUGUUACUCGCCAAAAGAAUCCUGGCGAUACACCUUUUAAAUUUUUAUUCGAUGAGAGUUCUGCAGAUUACAAAUACUACGAAUAUCAGCUAGCUGAAGAAGAAAGGGCUCUUUCACAAACCAUAGAAUCUAAAUCAUCUAGUGAUGGUGGGAGCACGCAAACUUCUAAGUCAAGAACUGGUUCCCAGAAAUCUUUCCAGCAGUCUUCAUCUUCAAAUUAUCAAACCCCUGCCUCUGCUUUGUAUGAAUCAUCUGAGGAUCCAAGAGCUUCCGUGGGUUCAUCUACUACUGCUGCAUGGUCUGAAAGGACAAGUGGGCCACCAUCAAGUGGAGAUCCAAUUGCAAUGAUGGAGUUCUACAUGAAGAAAGCUGCACGUGAAGAGAGGAUGAGACAACCUAAACAGUCAAAAGAUGAAAUGCCCCCACCUGCUUCUCUUCAAGCUUCAGGGAAAAGGGGGCAUCACAUGGGUGACUUCAUUCCCCAUGAGGAGCUCGAAAAGUUCUUAGCUACKUGCAAUGAUGCAUCUGCCCGGAAAUAUUCCAGAGAUGCUGCUGAUAAGGCUAAAAUCCAGGCUGAUAAUGUGGGGCACAAACUCCUAUCCAAAAUGGGAUGGAAAGAAGGUGAGGGUCUGGGAAGCUCCAAGAGUGGUAUUGCGGAUCCUAUAAUGGCUGGCGACGUGAAAACAAACAACUUGGGUGUUGGAGCUCAUCAACCUGGUGAGGUAACUCCUGAGGAUGACAUAUACGAGCAGUAUAAGAAGCGCAUGAUGCUUGGUUAUCGUUACAGACCAAACCCACUGAACAACCCCCGGAAAGCAUACUAUUGAAUGAUGAUGGUUUCUGCGAGGCACUAUGAUCAUUUUGGCUGUUGUGUUUGAAAAAUUAUAAGAAGUCGAACAACGUGGAACGAUGUAUUGUGGCAUAAUUAAUGUCUGAACUCAAUAAAUAGAUAAUAGACGUAGUUAUUUGUCAUUGUUUCGUUUCUUUUCUUUCCCUUUUCAGUGCGGGGUCAAGUCAGGUGAGGUCGGGUUGUUCAAACCGAAUGCUUAUUGGUAUACUAGACUAUACCUAUUUUUGUGCUAAAUAUGCAUAUUUUGAAGCAGUGUUCACUAA